AUGUGGCCCCCUGGCACGGUGCGGCUUGAGAAUACAAGUGCACCGGCAGGACAAGACUUGAUCCUACAGCCGCGACCAUCUGAGGACCCCAACGAUCCCCUUAAUUGGCCUCAGUGGCGCAAGUUUCUCAACAUUGGGCUCGUCUGUUUCUACGUCGCCAUGGUCGCCGAGUUCAUCAACGCUGCAACCCCAACAUGGGGCCCAAUGAACCAGCAGCUUGGGUUCAGCUACGAAGUGCUCAACGAUAGCUACGCUGCUGGCUGCGCUUCUCUCGCCAUUGGUUCUCUUCUGCUUAUUCCCUUCGCCCUCAAGUUUGGCCGUCGACCACUUUACCUCUUCAGUACAAUGCUCCAAUUCGCUCUUAGCAUUUGGUCUGCUAAGAUGCAAACUAUUGCCGACCUAAUACUUAUUAACAUCCUUCAAUGCUUUUUCGGAAGCUUGGCUGAGGUCAUCGUCCAGAUGACUAUUGCCGAUGUCUUUUUUGUCCACGAGCGUGGAAGGAUGAACGCACUUUAUGUUUGGGUGUGGCUGCUCUCGAGCUAUCUUGGGAGUCUCAUCGCGGGAUUCGUCGCAAAGGGCCAAGGCUGGAGAUGGGUUUGGUGGUGGAAUGCCAUCUUUUUCGGUGUUUCCAUCUUCAUCGUCGGCUUUGGUUACGAAGAGACCAAAUUUUGUCCAUCCUCACCUUCCGACUUUGAGAAAAAGUCGACAGAUAUGAAAAAGACUUGGUCGAGUCAAGGCGUCGCAGACCUUGCCUCAAUUCCAGCAAAUGAGGAAGCCAUGGCAUGCAACAUCACCCCUGUCGCAAUAAACCCCGAUAUUCCUCGAAAGACCUACUGGGAGAGGCUAGCCAUCACCACUACCACCUCAUCUUCCAGCCAAAAGAACGACUCUUUCCUUCGUCAUAUGUAUCAACCUCUCAUUUUGUUGACCACUAUCCCUGCCAUUGCCUAUGCCGCACUUGUAUAUGGUAUUUUGGUAGGCCUAGGAGAUGUCAUGUCAACCACUUUGUCGACAUAUCUAACCCAGCCGCCAUAUAAUUUCACUUCAGACCAAAUUGGUCUCAUGAGUUUGCCCAGGAUGAUCGGUGUCACAAUUGGAGCCUUAAUCAUAGGCCCGAUGAGUGAUUGGUGGAUCAUCUAUCUUUCUCGUCGACGGAAUGGCAUCUACGACCCAGAGAUGCGAUUGUGGUGUAUCAUUCCGUUCCUCUUAUUUGUUCCUACAGGAGCUCUUCUUUUCGGUAUCGGUCUGAACAAUCAUCUACCCUGGCCCAUUAUUGCAGUUGGACUUGCCCUAUACAAUAUUGGCGUCACUCCAAUCAACAGCCUUGUUAUCACAUACCUAACAGACUCAUACAAAGAGAUUAUUGGCGAUGCAUUGGUUGGUGUUACGGUCGUACGAAAUACCUUCAGCACUGCAUUCAUAUUCGCUCUCUCGCCUUGGGUUGCCGCAGUGGGUAUCAAGUACGUCUUGGUGACGAUUCUGCUAAUUGCAUGUGGGAUCCUUAUGCUUUUUGGUGUUUUUAUUCGAUAUGGAAAGACUUUUCGAGAGCGUAGUGCUUCACGAUAUCAGUACUACGCUCUUCGGCAGUACAAUGAGAAAGGUUUUCACUGA